AUGAUCUUAAACCUUUACAAACCACAUCAAGGUAUCAAGCCUCAUGUCGAUUUACUAGACAGAUUUGAUGAUCUGAUCAUUGGAAUCUCAUUAGGUUCGAGUGUGAUUAUGGAUUUCGAAAACCAAAUCGAUCCAUUCCAAUCAGAAAGGGUUUAUCUUCAAAACAGAUCUUGUUAUAUUCUUUCAAAUCAAGUUAGGUUUCAUUGGUUUCAUGGUAUCAAAUCAAAUCAAUCUUUCGAUUACAUUUAUGAUCCAUUAGAAGAAUCAGUUAGGAAAAUUCAAAGAUCUCGUACUAGGAUUAGUAUUACUAUUAGAAGAUUAAAAGAAGGGGCUGAAGUCAUUGGUGAUGAUUUCAAUAGAUCUUCAUCAUCAUCUUGA